GCGAGCCAAAAAUUACAACACCAAUCCGAUUGGUUUUGGUUUCCCCUUUCCCAUUAAAACCUUCUCCCACAAUUUUACCAAACGACUCGUCUCCCCCAACUCACUCCUCUCUCCCUCGCUUUCCUUUGAAUCAACUCGGUCGCUACUCACUCAGUCCUAUGUUUGUGUAUUUGAGUUGCAUGUGGUGGAUUUUCCAUGGAAGCAGUGUUUGUGGUUGAGGGGAAUGAUGAAGGGAAGUGUGAGGAGAUUGGAGUUGAGAAAAGUAGCUCGUCUUUGUCUUCUCCGAAGCAGAUCACCGAUCCUGUUGUCUACAAGCUCGUUCGGCAGGUUGAAGGUGAUGGGAGAUUAGUGCCAGCAACAGAUGAUGAAGUAAUGGAGGUUGAGGAUUUUCUUGUUGAUGAGCAGAUCGAAUUGCCUGUUGUUAUGAGCACGGGAACUGUCGAGUGCAUUUCUAAUGAAUCUUCAUCUGGGAAGCCUCAGAAAGAAAGCUCAGAAGGUCUGUCACCUUCAGAGGGUAAAGAAGCUGAUGCAAAACUAAGUGCACAUCUUGAGGAAAUUGCUCCUUCGUCAUCACUGAGCUUAGAUGUCAGCCACAUUAAUGAAUCUGAGACAAAAGGGGAGUGCUCAAAACAUCCAGAUGGACCAAUAGAAAGCGUAUCAUCAGCUUCUGCUGUCUGCACUAGUUCAAAGCGUGAUUUUUAUGCAUCAAACAGGGAGAUAUGCCUGGACAACCUAUCAAUUAGAGAACUUCAUGAAUUAUUUAGAGCAACCUUUGGGCGAGAAACUACUGUUAAGGACAAGCUCUGGCUUAAAAGGAGGAUCGCGAUGGGAUUGACUAAUUCUUGUGAUGUUUCAACCACAACUUUCACUAUUAUAAAUAAGAAAUUGGUGAAGAAUGGCAAAGACAAUAGCUUGCAGAAUGCUCAUGAUAUGCACACUGAGGGUUCUGAUGUUGGAGCAAAGAAUCUUGGGUAUGAAGAUUCACCAAAAAGCCACAAUAGCCAAUUAGAAAAUCAUCAAGUUGUUUCAGCCAAGAGAUCGGGAAGCCUUAGUGAAGAAGAAUAUGGCUGUGAGGAUCAUACCAUGGAUCAGAGAGCUGCCAAGAGAGUUCGGAAGCCCACUAAGCGAUACAUUGAAGAACUUUCUGAAGUGGAAUCAAGAGAUCAUAGCCCAAAAGUGAUUAGUUCCGCUAAAACUGCUGGACAUGAAGAAACGUCUCCAACAUGUUCUGCAAGGCCUCUUAGAAAUGUCUCUACAAAUGAGAGAACUAUUGUCACUAGGUUGGAUUCUCUUGGUGGAUCUGGGGUUCAGGUUCCUUAUGUUUCUCGGGUUCGAAGAAGCCGUCCAAGGAAAAAUAUUAUGGCUCUUAUGAAUUUCAAUCCAAGUGGAAUGGGUGUGACAGCUAAACUGGUAAAAGAGACCCUUGCUGUGUGUACUUCUCUUCCAGAGAGUGAGUGUGCAGACAAAGUUUUGAAAGCCAGAUCUGCUUCUGAACAGAUUAAGCCACUGUUUGCUGCUGAACCAGAGAAAGACAAGCGGCGCUCUGUAAUGAGCACAUUCGAGCAUGGGAAAAACUUAGGCCUAAAACAGACAGAUUCAUCUGAGGAGAAUUCAGAUGAUAGUAUAGCUGCAGUUCCCACAGUAAAAGGUGGGAUGAGAAGGAAACAUCAUCGAGCUUGGACUCUUGUUGAAGUUAUGAAAUUAGUCGAGGGUGUCUCUAAGUGUGGCACUGGCAGAUGGUCUGAGAUCAAAAGGCUUUCAUUUGCAACGUUUUCAUAUCGUACUUCUGUUGAUCUCAAGGACAAGUGGAGGAACCUGCUGAAAGCUAGUUUUGCACAAACACCUCCUGAUGAUGGGUCGCGGAAACAUGUCGCUGUGCCUAUCCCAGCAUCAAUUUUGUUAAAAGUGAGAGAGCUUGCUGAGAUGCACGCACAGGUACCUCCAAAUCUAGGGGCGAGCAAGCUGACCGCCAAUGUUACUCGAAGUGUGCAUCAAACAAGAUCAGGCUACUUGUAACACUGUAUAUAAAUUUAGUUAUGCGUGUCAAACAUGAGGUACUGAGAUGUAACCUACUUUAAUCUGUUCCAUUGCCAUAUUUGCUUGUUAACACUAAACAGGCUUGAUGCUGGUUAUGGAUUGCAGGCUGUAGGCUUCAACAAGUUCUAUACAUUUUCUCUGAUUAUGAGAUGUUUCUUUUCUUU